UCCACCCGCAUAGGUACCGGGCUAUUCGUGGUCCUUCUUUUCUUCUGGCCGGGCGGGCUGGGCAUCCCCCCCUCGUCGAGCCGCGUACGAGGCGCCCAUGCAGCUGCCAUGGCCAUAAACCAUGGCCUGAACGACAUGUUCCACUAAUUAAUAUACAAACUUCCCAGUACUUAGUACCCGGGGGUCCUGGGCAUCUAUUUGUUCUUCUUCUUCUCUCCCCACCUCUUCACCUCACCUACACUCACUCCCGUUACGCCAAGGUCUUGAACCGUUCAUUCAUUUCUUGUCAGUUAUUGACCUGUUACUGCUCCGCCGGCUGAGUUCAUUCAUUACCUCCAAACAAGUCUUUGUUUGUCCCUUCUUUCUUCAUAAGUCACCCGUAUCGACGCUUGAGUCGAGACUUGUCAGCAACAAUACGCGAAGCGUAAACCGGUGUUAGAAACCUACCUACACUCUCUUAAGGCAAUAGCUCUAGCAGCUCCAAUUGCUUGCUCAUCACACAGCAUACGUUUCCGGGGCAUAAGAGAAUAAACACCAGACCGAUUUAGACAUGAAGUUCUCAACCGCCAGUGCUCUGGCCUCCGUGGCCCCUCUGGCAGUAGCUGUCAAGACGGAACGAACAUUCGCCGUCCUUCGCUUCAAUGGAGAUGGUUUCUUGACGGAAGGACCUAUGGACCCCGUUGUCAACCCCGGAGCAGCAGCUACCCAUUAUCACAGCAUCAUGGGAGGUAGCAACUUCGGCAUAAGCACACAGGGCAAUGAUUUGCUAGACUCUUCCUGCACUACAGCAAAGAUCAAGAACGACAAGAGUGCCUACUGGAUUCCUACCCUUUUCUUCCAAGAUCCUGCGAACCCAGAGAGCUUCGAGAAGGUGCCCCUGUUCUACAUGAACGUGUACUACUUCUUCGAGCCAACUAACAGCACCAUCGAGGCAUUCCCUGCGGGCUUGAAGAUGUUGAGUGGUGAUACCAAGACCAGAUCGCCCCCCUCGUUUGGUGGUGGAAGCAAUCUCGACCCGAGCCAGGGCGAUAUUCAGCCUGUCCAAUGGACUUGCCCCCGAUCAAGCUAUAGCCCGGCUUCUUAUCCCGCAGACUCGGAUGGUACCAUGGCGGGUAUGCAAGACCCCCACAACGAGCAGGCAGGCGCUGGCUUCCCUCUCUACAACUGCGAUGGGUACGGCUCCCCCUUACGACAGGACAUUCACUUCCCCUCGUGCUACAACCCCGAGGUAGGAAUCGACGACUACAAGAACAACAUGGCAUGGCCGACCACCGUGGAUGGCCUGCAGACUUGCCCAUCAGGCUGGAUUCAAACACCCCAUAUCUUCUACGAAGUGUACUGGAACACGCCCGAUUUCAAGGAUAGGUGGACCCCUGAUGGCAAGACCCAGCCAUUUGUUCUGUCCAACGGAGACGCCACCGGCUACGCUUCCCACGGCGACUUCAUUGCCGGUUGGGACACCGAGACGCUUCAGACGAUCAUCGACACUUGCGAUGCCGGCUCCAGCGGCAUGGACCAAUGCCCUGAUAUUCCCGGUGGGCUGAACACCGUCACCGACUGCACCAUCGCGCCCGCCAUCGGCACCAUGGUCAAGCUCUCAGAGGUCCUGAAGGCGCUCCCACUCGACAACCCCGUCACCGGUUGGGGCAAGGGCAACUCCAGUUCAGGCUCGUCCGACUCUUCAUCCUCCGCAUCUCAGGCUGAGAGUACGAGCGUGAGUAGCAUUCCGAAUUAUUUUUUCUUAUUUGUAGCCAAUAUCUGGGCUUUAUAUCUCUGUGGAUUUCCUUUCUCCUGAAGCAGAACCGGAAGACCUUAAAGAUGGAACC